AACACUGCUCUGAUAACAGGUCUCUCGGAGUUUAUAGAUAUUAUGUCCUCAAACACCAAUGAGAGCAAAAUCGUAUUGUAUGUGUUGUCGGGUAUAUCUGUACUGGUUAAUUUCAUAGGACUUGUAGCUGUCUAUAGGGAGAGUUACGUAAUGACUGCAACCUAUGCUUCAAUGAUGGGUUUCAUAGCUCUCAUGAGUAUUAUAAACACGAUUUACAACCCUUUCCAGUGGUUGAACACAGGCCUCAACUUCACGGCCUGUUGUAUGGCUAUUGUCUAUCUGUGCGAACUCCAGACCUUAGGAAUGCCUACUAUGUGUUCGGUGUCCACCACACAGAUAUCACCAAUAAAUCCAUUGAUCCUAUACGUAGUGCCCGGACCGGCACACGCACCACAACUUGGACUCCAGUUGCAGUCCUAUCAGCCCUCCCGUGAAAUGCAAUUCAGACCUCCGGCUUAUAUUCCAUGA